UGUUUAUUCUAUGCUCAUUUUUAUGAAAAGUAGGAAGUAGAGGUAGAUACUGAAAAGUGGAACUUUAUUAUAAAUUAUGUACAUUACAUAGGUACAUACCUAUUUGUGAAAAUUGAGAAUACUUUUAAGCAUUGUUAGGUUAGUUUAAAUAGAAAAUAAUCGAAAACUUCAAAAUGUCAUCUUCCCUCGUAGAAUUACGACCAAACAGACGUCUACUGGAAUUAGACUUCGAAGGAUACAAAUUAAACUUACAAGCCCUACCCCACUAUAGCUUAGAGCUAGCUUCUCCCGUGGAUAAAGUUUAUCCCGACGAUGUCCAGUACUCUUUCGUUCACGCAAAACUUUUUGCACUACAUAACCAUCUAGUCCUUGAUUAUUGGGAUUAUUCGUUCAACUAUUAUUACAUUGACAAAAACCAGCAAGUAAGACAUGUUACCUUUGAAAAUAUAAAUCACACAUUCCAAAAUAAUAUUGUUUAUGAUAUCCCAGCCCACAUUGAAAGGAAACCAGGUCAUUUCAACCCUUCACUGACAUUUCCUGCAAGUAAUUUAGCAGUAGUCAGUGAUGGUACAGGAAUGUUACACAUAGUUGACACAGGACCAAGAAAUAGGUCUGCUGGUAGGAAUCAACUCUGGCAUACCCUACAAUCCAGCUUAAUACUCGGAGAGAACAAGUACUUUGUUAUUGUUGAUGCGCGAAUACAAGAGAAGAAAAAUACUGAAACUUUGCAUUGCUUACUUCAAUCAGUUCAACAAAAUGAAAAACAUUUUGAGUCUGUUCUUACUUGGGUGUCCUUUGAUAAUGAUGGAGAGUCUUGGAAGCAGAUGAGUUUCAGACAAGUACAAGGAAAGGGUAUAGUGCACUAUGCCGCCAUAGAAACCAGCUGCAGUGCUUUGUAUGUUGCAUCGGACAAUAUCUUUAAAUUUACCAUGGAUUCUGAAACAGAGAUUACUCAGAAAAAUCAAAGGAUGGAAUCGAGAAAAAUUAUUUACACAUGGCUUCAGACAUCAGAGGAUGUAACAGUCACGUUAAAAUUAGAAGAAAAAUACAAUAAGAAACAUUUCCAUGUGUUAGUUUCACCAAUUACCAUCAAAGUGAGUUAUGCUGGAAAGACAUUUGUGGAGGGAAAACUAAAGCACAACGUGGACAGUAAUUUGACUACAUGGAAUGUUCAGGAAGAUGGUAAAGUUGAUAUUCUAAUUACAAAAUCUGAUAGUAUGUUAUGGGAUGAAUUAAUUGAAGGAGGGGAUCCCAAUGGUGAACAGAUAGUAGACGCAAAUUUAGUAGAAGAAGCACACCAAAGACUAGCACAUUUAUGUUCUGAAACAGAAGCUACCAGUGAACAGUCAGUGCCAGGGUUCUCAACACAAGAACUAGAAGAGUGUGAUGCUGCUUCAGAAGAAGACACUGUGUUAGUAAGGCUUGAUGCUACUAAUCAUGAAAUCACACAUCGGAUACCAUUAAGUGUUCACCAAUACCUCUUCAGUGUAAGAUUGGAAACUCAAGAAGUCCCAGCAUUAGCCUUAAGACAAGAUGUAGAUGCUUGCAUAUGGCAACCUUACUCUUUACUAGUAAACACAGAAACCUGGCCUGUGACCCAUCAAGGGACAUUAUCUGCAUUUGGUUAUGUUCAGUCUUCAAAACAAAAUAGAAAAUUUGUUACAUGUCCUCCUAACUUCUCAUACAGUGUUGUAUGUGAAUCUGAGAGACAUAUAUUCAUUUAUCGAAGUACUGGUAACCAAGAUUCACAACUGAGAAAACGUACAGGAGGAAUGAUGAAAGCCAUAAAAGUGGGACAACAAAAUUUAUUCAACAUUGACAAAUAUGGAGAAGUUUUAGGAAUUAAUGCUACAAAUGAGUAUUUAUUUAUAUUGACAGAGAAAACAUUAGUGGCUAUUGAAGUGCAAUAAAAAUAUGUUUCAUUGA